AUGGAGGUGGGGAAGAUUGGCAGAGGUUUAAUGGUGCCAAUGUUGGCUGCCAACUUUGUAGUGAACGUAAUCGUCAUCGGACUUGCCGGCUGGUCUCUGGAUAAGUACAUCGACGGCGAACAGAACCACCCUCAUUUGGGAGGGAAUCCAUCAACGACGUACAUGUUGGAGUUUGGAUUACUUGGAGGUGCAAUCGGAAUGUGUUCGUUGGCGAUGGGGUUGAUGCAUCAUCGAGCUUGGCGUAGUGCCAGUUUGGCCAGUGCUGCUUCUUCGGCAUUCAUCUCUUGGGCGAUUACUGCUAUUGCUUUCGGGUUUCUGAAUAUAGGUUUGCUUGGAAGGAGAUCAAAGUGGGAGGACGAAGAGGAAAACCAAACACUGGAAUUGUUCAUAACUAUAUCGACGUUCAGCCAGAUGCUGUAUCUGAUGCUUCUUCAUGCCGGAAUAUUUAGCCGGAAAUAUGGACCGGAUUAUCUCAGCUACAGGGACGAUGUCGUUAUCCACCGUGUUCCCACCCAUUCACCGUCCCGGCCCACCACAUCGUCUGCCGACUAA